CUGGCAACGCCUCGGUGACUCUUCAAGCUUGAGACCGGGUGAGGCGUGAGCGUCGGUAAAUUCAGUCCGCCUGCUGCGCAAACCCACCUGCAGGAGCUGAGAGGUCGAGGAGAACUGCCCCUCCCCUCCCGUGCGGGCGGAUGAUCGAGGGAAUCAUGCUGGGCCAGGAUGGCGGCCUCUCACUGACCAUUGCCCAGAUCGUGCAGAGGCUGAAGGGCUCCGGGCUUCACUCCCAGCUGGAGCGACAGGCCCAGCUCAGUCUACACAAUCCAGAGAUUAAGUUAGAAUCCUUGAAGGAAGAUAUUAAGGAAUUUCUGAAGACAUCAGGAUGGGAAAAGAAGCUGCAAAAUGCUGUUUAUAGUGAACUCAUUGUGUUCCCUUUCCCAUGCCACCCAUCAGCACCUCCUGAACACAUAAAAGAAUCUUUGGCUUACAUGAGGAAAGCCCAGGGGAGCUGGGAAAAACGCAUUCUGAAGAGUCUAAAUAGUAUGUGCACAGAACUCGGCAUUCCAUUAUCACAGAAGAGAUCAGUGAAUGAACAAAAGGAACUUCUAAAUAAAUGGAAUGAAAUGGGAACAGAUGAGCCAGAUCUAAGUCUCUUCCGGCCUGUUUAUGCACCCAAAGAUUUUCUGGAGGUAUUGAUGAACCUUCGCAAUCCGAAUUAUGAAAAUAGUGAACAGCCUAGUUUUAGAAACCACUUGGGGUUAAUUCAGGUGCCACUAAAGGUGAAGGACAUCCCUGAACUGAAAGAAUAUUUCAAUGAGCUAGACUUGAACACAGGUCAGCUGGAUAUUGAUGAUUCUGCACAUGUGCCUCCAGAACUCUUUGAAAAUGAGCAUAUACGGAUUGGUCAAAAAGUUUUAAUAGAGCAGGAUAGUGCAGCAGCUCAACAAUACGUUCGGCAGGGAUGUCCAAAUUCGCUACGAGCUGAGUUGUGGGCACUGAUUCUGAACGUUUCUAGUCAACCUGAGGGUAUUUUGUACUAUGAACAACUGAAGUCUAAUGUGAUUCAGCAUGACCUUUUGGUGGACAGUUUGAUUUAUAAAGAUGUGAAGCUGACAGCCAGCAAUGAUGACUACUACUUUGUGUUUGAGGAUUAUUUAUAUCAGGUGUUGCUUUGUUUUUCACGAGACACUUCAGUAUUGGAGCACUUCGCAUACAAUAGUGCUACUCCACCCAAAUCAUACAUUCGAGGGAAACUUGGAAUGGAAGAGUAUGCUGUAUUUUAUCCACCAAAUGGUGUAAUCCCUUUCCAUGGCUUUUCAAUGUAUGUGGCUCCGCUUUGUUUUCUAUACAAUGAACCUUCCAAGUUGUAUCAGAUAUUUCGUGAAAUAUAUGUGCGUUAUUUCUUCAGACUUCAUUCCAUCUCUUCUCAUCCUUCUGGCAUUGUAUCAUUAUGUUUGCUGUUUGAAACCCUUCUUCAGACUCAUCUACCACAGCUGUUUUAUCAUCUUCGAGAAAUUGGAGCACAACCAAUGGUUGGGAUCCACUUCUGGGCAGAGCAACAACAGGACUGUCACAAUUCAAACACAGGUCUAAGAAUAUCAUUUAAAUGGAUGGUACGAGCAUUCUCUGGUUACUUAGCUACAGAUCAGCUUCUGCUUUUGUGGGACAGAGUUCUGGGAUACAACUCUUUGGAAAUUCUUGCUGUCCUGGCAGCUGCGGUGUUUGCUUUCCGAGCAGUGAAUCUAAUGGAGGUGACAUCACUGGCUGCAGCUGAAGCUGUACUUGCUGACCUUUCGACUCUGAAAGUUAUGCCUCUUCUUCAGAUUUUUCUGUUUGCCACUGGCAGUUGAUAUUCCUCAGAGCAACUGGACUGCACUGCUAGAUUUUCAUCAGAUGCUAAUAAUAAACUAUGCAACAAUUUCAUUAAAUCAAACUCAAAUAUUAAGGAUUAGAUUUUUGUGAAGAAUUAAAACUGCACUUCUUACCUAGAAAAAAAAUCCAAAUGCUUUUUGCGUAUCAACUUACACUACUGCAUGCUGCUGAAUUUUAACCAAACUGCAGUACCUGGACAUAACGCAAGUCAAAUAACAGCCAAUCCACCUAAGUAAUAAUAUUCAAAUGCAUGUACUACUAAAUGCAACAAGAAGGAAAGAGUGCAUAAUAAUUCUAGAGUUCUGCCUUUCUCACAUUAUCAGCUGGGAAGUGAUGUCUUCAGUUAUAAUCUAUUAUGAAGUCACACCAUCUGUCAUCUUAAAAGUCCUGCAAUACUUGAAAAAAAGUAUUUCUUUAAAGUAUUAAGCUUUAAAGGUUUAAUAAUGCUUCCUAUGAAAAAUCAUGGCAAUACCUCACUUUGCAACCUUUCUAUAUCACUCCUGAUCAAUGAGGCAUCUUUUUCUAUUCUUGGCUGGAGGAUGCUGUUGAUUUUAGAGAGUUGAAGGUGGUAUGGUAGAGGCAUAACUUCCUGUGAUGUACUCAUUUUUACUUUUGCCCUUCUGUUCUCUUUGGGCCACCAGGUUUUGUAAGUUUUUGAAGCACUGCAAAAAUCUGCAAAACCUGUUUAUCUUAGAGAUGACAGUAGAAUGAUCGGCAACAGCAUCCUUAUCAUAGAACUCUCAGUUCUCUGAAAGUAACAAAACUGUCCUCCAGUCCUUACUUAUCAACUUGUUCUCAACACUUUAUCUUGGGUUUUUUUAUUGUUAUGCUUUGAAAGCUUUAUAACUGCAGAAAAAAAUCCCUCAACAGCUUUCUUCACAACCUAUCAUAGCCUUUCUGUAAAUGAGUCAAAGCAGUUGCUUGUGAAUGAUGACAGUAGUUUUUUCUCCCCUAGCACCCGCCGCCUCUUUAGGAGCCAAAUGAGCUGCCUCUGUGAGUUUCUCAGUCCCUACUGGUCCAGUGUCAACUCACUGAGCUCAUAUUCCCAUGUGACUUGAGUUGUGCUGCUAUUGGGACAAUCUUUUACUAAUGAUGAUUGGUUGCCCCUUUUUCUCCAGAGAUUACUAAAAACCUAAGUUAUUACCAGAUUGCUCUAAUUUAACCACAUACAGCUGCUGGCCAAAAUUGCAUGUCAAGAUCAUCUUCAUGGUAAAGCUGUAUUGUUGCUAUAUUGUGUUACACUUUUAGCCAAUUUGUUCCCUGAGGUCCACUUUGUAUUUACAAUUCCCAGUGGCUUAAAGGCAUAACAUUUUUUUUAAUCAAGAGGAAGCUUUAUGAUUGACCUUCAGUUCCAAGCUGUUUUCUAUCAUAUACAGUAUUUAAAUCCUUGUAGACAAGAGAAUUAUGUGGCUUUUAAUUUGAUCUAGAAAAUACUUUUUCAGCACAAACCCUAUUGCAGAAGAGCUUGCACCAGGAGCUUGUGUUGAGGAUCCAGUCGUUCACCUGACACACAUAUUUGACAUUCUCAUGAUUCAGAUUCUGAGCAGUUAGAAAAGCUGAAAAGUGAUUUCAAGUCCAAAUUUAAAUUUGUACUCUAUUGCAUGUAAGAUGAUGGCAACCUACACUGAUAAUUAUUUAUGUUUUGAAAAUAUAUUUUAAUGAUUAAGUUGAAUAAUUUAAAAUUAUUUAUUGUACUGUACACAGCCAUUAUUUUGUUAUGAAUCUUCCAUUGCAUUGACACUGGAGUUUAAUUCCUCCUAUUGUUAACUAAAAUAAUUUUUUAUAGUGUAUAUGCUGGUUGCAGAAUGUAUUGAAUUUUGUGAUACCUACAGACCGCUGCAAAACAUUCCCGACUUUUACACUUUUUCUACAUAUAAAACUCUCUCUUUGUCUGAUUUUCUAUAUCUGAUGAACAACUAAACAUUUCUGCAUAGAAGCAGGCUUUAGAUUGGGGUGGAGAACUUGCGGCCCUUCAGAUAUGAUUGGACUACAACACCCAUUGUCCCAAACAAUAGGCCAUGCUAGUAGGGGCUGAUGGGAGUUGGAAUCCACAACAUCUGGAGGACCACUAGUUCCUUACCCCUGCUUUAGAUCCUGGCAGGAUCUUUCUGACAUACCGAUAUUGCCACUGUUCAGAAUACUUUAUUUUUAUUUAUUUCAUUUAUUAAACUUUUUAGUGUGUAUGAGCAAUGAGUAGUAGCUUGUAUUUACAUGUGGACUGACCUCAAGCCCAGCAUCUGAAGUCAUAAUUUGCCCUCAGUUCAGCUCUAGGU